AUGGAAGAUAAUAGUGAUGAUGAGGAAGCAGCAGUUAAAAUACAAGCAGCAUUUCGUGGUCAUAAAACUCGUAAUGAAAUGAAAGAGAAAAUGAAUUCAGCAAAUAACGCAAAUAAUAAUGUUUCUGAAAAUUUUCAAGAUUUAGAUCCAGAAGAACUUGAAAAAGCAGCCACUAAAAUUCAAGCAUCAUAUCGUGGUCAUCGAACAAGAGCAGAAUUAAAGGAGAAAAAGCAAGCAAAUAAUAAUGAUAAAUUAAAAAACAACGAAGAUGAGGAAAAUUAUCAACAAGCAGCAGUUAAAAUUCAAGCAGUAUUUCGUGGUCAUAAAACCAGAGCAACUAUGAAAAAUAAUUCAGAAUCAAGCAAUACAAAAGAGUCUGGUAAUACAGCAACAUCACCAUCAGCAGAAACAGAACCAACUAAAGAAGAAUUAGAGGCAGAAUUUGAUCCAAAUGAUAAAGAAUUAUGUAAUGCCGCAUCAAAAAUUCAAGCAACAUUCCGUGGUCAUCUAGCCAGAAAGCUUGGAACAACUGAAAAUGGCAAAUUAAAAGAAGAAGAUGUUGAUAUACAGGAAUUAACUAAAAAAGUUGCUGAAGAAUUGGACAUUGAUUUAAGUGAUCCGGAUUUAAAUGCUGCAGCAACAAAAAUUCAAGCAUCAUUCCGUGGACAUAAAGUUCGCAAAACUGAUGGUAAAUAAAUAAUUAAAAAAUAGAUAACAAAAAAAAAAAAAAACAAAGUUUGAUGAAAAUUUAUAAACAAAAAAAAAAAAAAAGAAAAGCAGCACACACCCAUUAUUAAAUAAAAUUUUUAAAGCUAAUUUAAAUUACAAAAUAACAAAAAAAAAAAAAUUAAAAAUAUUAUAAAAUAAUUUUAAAACAACCAAUAUGUAUAGUGAGGAUAUAAAAUAUAUUAAUAAAUUUAAAAAAAUAUUAAAUAUAUUAUAUAUAUAAAUAUACAUUUAUAAUUAAUUAUUACUAAAUUUAUUUAUAUUUAUUAAUAUCAGUAUACACCCCCCAAGAACCUUUUAAAAUUACAUUAUAUUCAAAAUGAAAAACCAAAACCAACAACAACUACUACUACCAUUAUUUAUUAUACAUAUUAUAACAAUAAUUUGGUCAAUUUUUAAAAUAAACAUUCAUACACCCAUAUAGUAUAUAUAUAUAUGUAUAUAUAUAUGUACAUUACAAAACUUAGCAAAUUUGAGAUAUGAAGAAUACCAAUUUAUUAAAUACAAUAUUAAUAUAAUUGUAUAUAUACAUAUAAUAAAUGUAAAGCUAUAAUUAUAUAUACACCCACAUACACAGCAGCUACAACAAAAAAAAAAAUAAAUUUUACAUAAAUAUUUAAAACCAUUAAAUUGAUGUUAAACAUAGAAAUUCAUAUAACAAAUAAAUAGAUACAACAGUAUAACAGUUAUCAAAGAAAACUGAUAAUAAUAAUCAAAAUACAAACCACUAAAUUAAUGAAAAUAAAACCAUUAAAAAAAAAAUUUUAGAAAAAAAAAACACAUUAGUUAAUUACUUAGAUAAAGAAAAAUAAAAUGAGUAAAAAAAACAAAGAAAAAUUUGAUAAGUAAUAAAUAAAAUUAAAUUAAACAAAAAAAAUGAGCAAAAAAAAUAAAAAUUAAGAGAGUAAAAUAAGAGAACCCAAAACAAAGAAAAAAAAAAUUAAACCAAUCAAAAUGUUAAUUUUUAAUAAUGUUAAGAGAUUUUAAGAAAUCAAAAUAAUAAAAAAAAAACAAAAACAAAAAAAAAAUAAAUAACUUUUGAUCAAACCAGCUUUACUUUUUUUUGAAAAGACAUAAAAAAAUAUCUAUAUGAAAUAAUAUUAAAUAUUUUCUAAAUUAUUAAAAUGAAAAAUAUAACAGAAAAAAAAAAUUGCAUUUUACUAUAAAAAAAAUUUUUCAAUAUUCUUAAUUCAAUUGAGAAAAAAAUUUUUCCAAUAUAAAUUUUAUCUUUAUUUAGUUAUAGAAAAUUUUUUUUUAAUUUUCUUUAAAAAAAAAAAAAUAUUUUAAAAUUUAAAUUUCAGUAAAAUCCAAUAUGUUAACCACUAAUAAUGUUAUCGAUUUUCAUUAGAACGAAUUAAAUUUCAAAUAUACUCUCAGAAUAAAGAGUUAUCUACUAUCGUAACAAUUUAAAUUGUAUUCAAUAUUCAAAUAAAAUUACUUUCAUACAUUGAUGUGAGAGUGAUAAAUGUAUGCUCUCAACAUACAGUUGAACUUAACAGUUUAAGAAUAAUAAUAAAUAAAAAAACAAUCAAACAAUAUACUCUCUUUUGAAUAUAAAGAACAUAAUUUCUUUAUUUCAUAACAAUGAAAAGAGAUAAUGAAAAUUUCAAAUAAUAAUGAAGAGAUAAUGAGAUUACUAACAUUUUAAAAUUAACAUUUUUUAAUUUUAUAAUAUAUUCUCAAUUAAAGAAAUUGAGGAAAUUGAUUAAUAUUGAAAAUUAUAAAUUUAUUAUAUUAUACAAAGUUUUUUUUACAUUUAAAUAUGAAAGAAGAGAAUAGAAGCAGAGAAAAUUUCAUAAUAGCUAUUUAUUGUUAAAACCAUUUUAUAAAAUAUAAAAUUAACAAGAGCUAUAAAAUAUUUUCAAAAAUUUUACAAUUUCAAUAAAAAUUUAUUAAAUAUGUAUUCGAUAACAGACCUACAAAAUUUUCAGGUUAAAAAAUAUGAUUACCUAUUGAUUUUAAUUAACGAUUAAUAACAAUGGUUAGAAUACUGAGAGGAAUAAUUUGCUGACAUUAUUAAAAUUAUUUAAAAAUUGCCUACUUUUCGGGAUUUUACUGAACAUAUAAACAUUUUCAGUUUUAAAAUACAUAUGUAUCUAUACAAAAAUGAAUUCAUAAUUAUAAGCUUUACAAUAUCAAAAAUGAAAUAAUAAACAUGUAAAAUUUUACAAAAGAACAAAAAAACUUAAACAAUGAAAAUAAUAACAAAAAAAAAAAUAAAUAAUUGAAAUAUAAAAUAAAAUAAUUGUGAAUUUAAAUUUAAAAUUCACAAUCAUUUUAAUUUCAUUUUAUAAUUUUACUUUUUUAAUGCUCUGUGGUCUAUAAUAUAAAACAAUGUGUUACAAUAUAAUGGUUUUUUAUUUUUUUUCUUUUUUCACUCUUCCCAAAAUUAUAACUAUAUCAUACAUUUGUAAAUAAAAUGAAAAAACGAAAUUAUUUUUGAAGGAAUCAAUCGUAGGAUUUUUAAAAAUGAAAAGAAAAAUUUUAAAUUAAUCACAAAACAAAUGAAUUUAGAAUAUAUAGGGAUAAUUUCAUUCUAAUACUAUAAUUUAUAAAUAUUAAAUUUUUUUAAAUUUAUUUUGAAUAAUUAAAUUAAAUUGAUAAAUUUGAAUAAUUAAAUUAUUAUUUAAUGUGUAGAGGGUUGUUUUCGUGGAAUAAUAAAAAAAAAAAUUGAAUAUAAUUUUUAAUUUAAUUAUUAUUUAUGCUGAUCUAUACAGUUAUAAAUUAUAAAUUAUAUUAAAAAUAAAAAAUAAAUUAAAUUAAUUUAUGAUAUAAUUUUGUGUAUAUUAUAUUGUCAUACACGUGGACAUGAAUAUUCGCGAAAAGGAGGGAAAAAUGAGUAAGAAAACAGACAAAAAGAAAAAAAAAAUUAAUAAAAUUUAUACAAUUCGCAGUUCUAUGAUUUUUAGUAGUUUAGAAUUUUGUUUUUUUUUUUUUAUGUAGGGCGCCUUGUUUAUUAUCAAAGGAUUCAGAAAAAAAAAUAAGCAUAGAGUAAAAGGGAAUUCCAUAUAAUUAUAUCAAUAAUUUAAGUCUCUUUAGUAACUUACAAAAUUAUUAUAUUUUUUUUUUUUUAUUUUCAUUUUGGAAUUUUUUUUUUUAUUUUCGGUUAACUUAUUCCUUAAUUUAUUUACUUAUUUUUUUUUUAGUUUUGUCUUAAUAUUAAAAUUUUGCAAAUUUGUUUAUUUGGGAGAAGUUAUGGCGCCAAUUUUCACCAUUAACCACACUAUAUAUAUAUAUAUAUAUGUAUAUAUACAUAAUAUAAUUCUUAUUUUUAUUUAUGUUUAUUAUUAAAGGAAUGUUUUCCCCAUUGUUUUUUUUUUCUCUUUGUUCUUUUUCAUUUUAUUCAUUAUUUUUAUUAUAAUUAUUAUUAUUGUUUCUUGUUUUCUUAUUUCUUCCUAUACAUAUUAUGUGUAUAAAAGAAGUUUCAAGGACAAAAUAAAAAUAUAAAAUUUUUUUCUUAAUCAAAACUGAUUCUGAUCACAAAAAAAAGAAAAAAAUAUACGUCUAUAUUCAAAACUUUUUUUAUAACUUUCAUUUUUUUCUUCCUACUAUACUCGUAAAGGAAGAGAAUUCAAUAAAUAUAAAAACUACGAGUAUAUUAUAUAUAUAUACAUGUGUAUAAUACUAAAAACAAUAAAUUUAUAAUAAGAUGUUUUUGAAUCUGAGAUUUAAUAGCAGUAAAUGUAAAAAAGAAAAAAAAGACAGAAAAAUUUCCUCACUUUUUUUCUUUUAUUCCAUUUAAGGAUUCAUAAAUAAACGACAGGAUAUAAAAAUUCUGGUGAUGUCAUAAUAACAUAUUAUACAUAUAUACUAAGUAAAAUAUAUAUUAGAAUUUAUCGGAGACCAUAUUCAAAAUUCUAUUUUUUUCAAUACAAAAUUUAUAUAUAAGUAAAUGUAGGAAAAUUUUAAUAUUUUUUUUUUAUUUUUUGAAUGAUAAUAAAAAAAAAAGAAAUUUAUGUUCAUCAAAUUUUUUAGUUUUAUUAUUAACAGUAUUUAUUACUGUUAUUAUUUUUGUUCUUUUACCAGUUAAAUCGUAUAUUAUUCACAUAUUUUUUUUUAUUUUAUUUCUUUACAUGUAAUGGUAUGUAUAUACACCUACACCAGUCUAAAUUAAUAUGGUGAAAUCUGUUCUAUCAUAAUUAUUUUGAAAUAUAAACUCUUUUUUGAUUGAUUUUUUUGAUUUGAUUAACGUACCACACGUGCUAUUCAAGAUCAAGUUCAAAAAUUAAAAUUUUUAAUCAAAAAAUAUGACACAUAACGACACUGAUUUUAUCCUAGUAAUUCAGAUCGGAAUAACAAAAUUAAUAAUUAAUAUGAAAUCAUGUUACUAUCAUAUUAAUAUUGGGAAUCUAGAAUCGAAAGCAAAGUAUUUUUUAAAAAAAUUUCAUUUAUUUCUUAUAAUUUAUUAAUUAAUUUUUAUUAUUAUUGUUAAGGGAUUAAUUAAAAAACAAUAUAAAAUUAUUUUUUAUGAAUCUAAUUUAAAAUUUUCACAACACUAUCGUGAAAAUUGGGAAAUUUUUUCUUCCCAUCCUUAUAAAGAAAUUAAUUCUUGAAGAAAAAUUAAAAUCAUCCCCAAUAUAUUCUUUUAUUUUAACGAGAUUUGAUUCCUUUAAAUAUGAAAUUGAAAACAAAAAAAAAAAUUCAGACAUUCCUUUACAAACACAUUCAUAUAAUUAUACAAAAACAAACUUAUAUUACAAAAUAUAAUAAUAUUAAUAAUAUUAAUAAAUAAAUAUUUUAAAAAUAUACUAAAUAUAAAAUAAUUUUUCUUAAAUUUUUAUUAAAUUUCCAGAAAAAAAAAAAAAUAUAAAAAUUAAUUAUGAAUAAUGGAAAGUAUAAUUGUUUAGCAAAUAAAGUGAAACAAGAAAUUUUAUUAUUUAACAAAAAAAAAUAAAACAAGAACAUAAAAUAAGAACAAAAAAUAAUUUAUUUUCAAUUCUAAUAUUAUGAAAAAUGCAUCCUUGAAGGAUAAUUUAUUAAUAAAUAUUAAAUAAAUGAAAAAUAUUUGAAAAAAAAAAUUGCUUUAAAAAUUUAUUAAAAAUUUAUAAAAUAAUUAACGAAAAAUUAAUUCCCAUACAAAAUUCUGAAUUUUAAUAAACAAAAAAAAAAAAAACUAAUAAAAAAAUAUUACAUGCAUACAUAUACAUACAAUAUACUUAACAAGUAUAUUGUAUGAUAUUAUACUGUAUAGUGUCCUUUCUAUACACAUUCAAUACACAAACAAACAGAGACACACACACACACACACAUAAUACACAUAUACAAUAUUUUUAUUUUAAUGAACAAAAAAUUUUUAAAAUUCAAAAAAUUAAGACAAAAACAAAAUAAAUAAAUUAAAAAUUAUACAAGAAAAAUGAAUGAAAACAAGAAAAAUAAAAACAACAAAAACCAAAAUAAAAUUAAAAUUAAAGGUAAUCUUUGUUACUUAUUUUUAAAAAAAAAAAAAACAAAUAUAAAAUUUAAAUCAAUAAACUAAAAUUAAAAAAAAAAAAAAUUGAAAAUUUGAAAAAGAAAAAAAAUAACAAAUAAAAUAAUAUGAAAUUUUUCCUAUAUUUAUAUAAAAAAAAAAUCAUAUUAUGUAAUAUUAAAAAAUAAAAAAGAAAAAAACAUAAAAUAAAAAUAUUACUUAAAAAAUUAUACCUAAUAAAUUGAAAAAAAAGCAUAAAUAACACUCCCUGCCCUCCUCCGCCCUCCCCGCCCCCCCCCCCUUUUCCUUAAAUUCUCCCAUAUGAAAUUGUUAAUUAUUUGUAGUAGAUAAACAAAGAAUGUACUUUAUUUUUAUGAUUCAAAAACUGAAAUGAAGCUAAAUAAAGAAAACGCGCACUCACAACUCUGACACUGACAGGAAUCAUUAAUUAUUCUAAACAAAAAACAAAAAAAAAAUUUAAUUGAAUCUAAAUAAAUCAAUGAUUAAAUAUUUUAAUAAUUAUAAAUGAAAUGCUUAUUAAUUUUAAUUAGUUACUUUAAAACUAUUGAAGUACUUGUACAUUUUCUUGUAAGUACUUAUAUUUAAUUACUUAUAUUUAAGUACUUUUAAUUUUAAAUACAAUAUUUGCUUAAAGUUGCUUAAAUUCUUUUUUUGUUGUUUUUGUAAAUGUUGGGUAUAAUGACGGGGGGGAAAAAUAAUACUGGAAUCGAUUACUUUUUCAUUUAUAUAUUUUAUAAUUUUUUAAUCAAUUGAUUACUUUUAUUUAAUUUUGUUAUUUUAACAAUAAAAUUAAUUAAUAUUGAAAUCUGUACAAUAUUUUUUUUAGAAAACCAUAAUAAUUUAUAACAAUUUUCAAUAACAGUUAUAAAUAUUAUAAUAACAAUUACCGAUUACUUUAUUAUUAAAAUUUUUUAUAUUAUUAUUGUUAUUUUCUAAUUAUUUGUUAAAAAUUAUUUUAAAGUAAAUUUUUAAAAAAUAAUAUUCGAUUAUCAAAUUUUAAUUACAGUUAUAUUUUUUAAUAUUGGAUUACAAUUCGUAUAUAUAUAUAGGCUUCAUGGUACAUUUGCUUGGUAAUUGAAUUUUAAUGUAAAAUUUAAUUUUAAUUUUGACGUAAUUAUGUAUUAAAUAACAGAUUACUAUACAAAUGUAAUCAGAAUAAGUAAUCAAAAAUCUAGUAUGUGAAAAAAAUACGUCCCAUAGUUACAACAAAUCACAAUUAUAAAUUGAAUGGAAACUUUUUUUUUUGCUUAAUUUAAAAAAAAAAUUAAAUAUAUUAAUAAUUUUAAUUAUUUUAUUAAUUAAUUAAUAUUAAUUAAAUAUUCACAAUUUUAUGAUUUCCAAAAAAAAAAAAUUUCCAAAUUACCUUAUUAGAUAAUAUAAAAAAAAUAUAUACAUACCUAUAUAUAUUUUUGGAAUUAUUGCUGAAAAAUUUAUUCUUAUUGAAUUUUAUUCAAUAAUUAUAUGUAUGAGUAUAUAACCAUAUAAUUUAUAUACAUAUAUAUAAAUAUAAUAUAAUCAAAUGAAUAUUAAUAUUACAUCAUUAUAUUAAAUAGUAAUCAAUUUACACACUUUUACAAAAUCAUUCAAAAUUGAAUUGAAAUCAGUAUUGUUGAAAUCAGAGUUUCAUAAUGUUAUUCAGUAUAACAGUUAUUAAUUUAAUUUUAUAAUAAUUAUAUUAAAGUUAUUCAUUCAUUCUGAAAAAAAAAAAAUAGUAAUCUCGGUUACAUGAUUUUUAAUAAAAUGACAAUUGGUAGACAAUUUUUUCGAAAAUCGAAUCAAUGAAACACACAAUAACACUGUCAUUGUACCCUCCAAAUUAUCGUUAAUUUUUAAUUUAUUUUUAAAAAUAAAAAAUAAUUAAAGAAUAAAUUUAAAAAAAAAAAUUAAAAAAAAAAAUAUAUUAUUUAAUAUUUUAACUGAUUACCCAAUCAAAAAAUAAACAAAAAAAAAUAAAAAUUAAAAAAUAAAAGUAAUUAAAGUAA